AACCGGAAGUACGAGAAGUGUUGGUUGUCUUAUCAUUCAGCUCCCCGGCUGACAACACUUCUGGGUCGUAUUUUACAGCUACCCGUUGAAUUGAUAGGAUAGGAAGAUGGAAGACGACGUUUUGACAACACUGAAAAUAUUAAUAAUUGGAGAAAGUGGCGUUGGGAAGUCCAGUCUUCUCUUGAGAUUCACAGAUGACACAUUUGACCCGGAAUUGGCAGCAACAAUAGGCGUUGAUUUCAAAGUGAAGACCAUUUCAGUGGAUGGGAACAGGGCAAAGUUGGCAAUAUGGGACACGGCUGGCCAGGAGCGUUUCCGAACCCUGACGCCUAGUUACUACCGGGGCGCUCAGGGAGUCAUCCUGGUGUAUGACGUAACACGACGGGAUACUUUCACCAAGCUAGACAACUGGCUCAAUGAGCUGGAGACGUACUGUACAAGGAAUGACCUCGUCAAGAUGCUGGUCGGGAACAAAAUUGAUAAGGCACUAGAGUCUGCAACCACACUUGGCAAGUGGCACCACCAAGCAAGCGGCACCAUGAAGAUCAAGGAGCUCUCCAAACAGGUCAGGGACAAAGUUGUGGAGAAGUACAGAUCAGGGUUGGAUUAUUAUAUUAUUGUUGGCUGGCCCUCACUUCAUACUCGUCGCCAAACCCACUGGCUCCAUGUCAUCUACAAGACCCUGCUAGGUAAAGUCCCCCCUUAUCUCAGCUCGCUGGUCACCAUAGCAUAUCCCACCUGUAGCACACGCUCCAGCAGGUAUAUCUCUCUAAUCACCCCCAAAACCAAUUCUUUCUUUGGCCGCCUCUCCUUCCAGUUCUUUGCUGCCAAUGACUGGAACAAACUACACAAAUCUCUGAAACUGGAAACACUUAUCUCCCUCACUAGCUUUAAGCACCAACUGUCAGAGCAGCUCACAGAUUACUGCACCUGUACAUAUCCCACCUAUAAUUUAGCCCAAACAACUACCUCUUUCCCUACUGUAUUUAAUUUAUUUAUUUAUUUUUCUCCUUUGCACCCCAUUAUUUUCAUUUCUACUUUACACAUUCUUCCAUUGCAAAUCUACCAUUCCAGUGUUUUACUUGCUAUAUUGUAUUUACUUUGCCACCAUGGCCUUUUUUUGCCUUUACCUCCCUUAUCUCACCUCAUUUGCUCACAUCGUAUAUAGACUUGUUUAUACUGUAUUAUUGACUGUAUGUUUGUUUGACUCCAUGUGUAACACUGUGUCGUUGUAUGUGUCGAACUGCUUUGCUUUAUCUUGGCCAGGUCGCAAUUGUAAAUGAGAACUUGUUCUCAACUUGCCUACCUGGUUAAAUAAAGGUGAAAUAAAUAAAUUAAAAAUUAAAAAAAUAUCCAAACCUUUGAACAUCCCACGGAACACCAUUAAAUCCGUUAUUAAAAAAAUUGAAAGAAUGUAGCACCCCAACAAACCUGCCAAGAGAGGGACGCCCACAAAAACUCAUGGACUAGGCAAGGAGGGCAUUAAAAAGACAAAAGAUAACCCUGAAGGAACUGCAAAGCUCCACAUCGGAGUAUCUGCCCAUAGGACCACUUUAAGCCGUACACUCCACAGAGCUGGGCUUUAUGGAAGCGUGGCUAGAGAAAAAAAGCCAUUGCUUAAAACGCGUUCAGUGUUCACCAAAAGGCAUGUAGGAGACUCCCCAGACACAUGGAAGAAGGUACUCUGGUCAGAUGAGACUCAAAUUUAGCUUUUUAGCCAUCAAGUAAAACGCUAUGUCUGGCACAAAUCCAACACCCACACCACCCACACCAAAUCCAACACCCCGAGAACAACAUCCCCACAGUGAAGCAUGGUGGUGGCAGCAUCAUGCUGUGGGGAUGUUUUUCAUCGGCAGGGGCUGGGAAACUGGUCACAAUUGAAGGAAUGAUGGAUGGCGCUAAAUACAGGGAGAUUCUUGAGGGAAACCUGUUUCAUUGCUCCAGAGAUUUGAGACUGGGACGGAGGUUCACCUUCCAGCAGGACAAUGACCCUAAGCAUACAGCUCAAGCAACACUCAAGUGGUUUAAGGGGAAACAUUUAAAUGUCUUGGAAUGGCCUAGUCAAAACCCAGCCCUCAAUUGAGAAUAUGUGGUAUGACUUAAAGAUUGCUGUACACCAUCCAACUUGAAGGAGCUGGAACAGUUUUGCCUUGAAGAAUGGGCAGAAAUCCCAGUGGCAAGAUGUGCCAAGUUUAUAGAGACGUAUCCCAAGAGAUUUGCAGCUGUAAUUGCUGCAGAAAGUGGCUCUACAAAGUAUUGUCUAUGGGGGGGGUGAAUAGUUAUGCACGCUCAAGUUUUCAUUUUUUUGUCUUAUUUCUUGUUUGUUUCACACAAAAAUAUUUAGCAUCUUCAAAGUGGUAGGCAUGUUGUGUAAAUCAAAUGAUCCAAACCCCCCCAAAAAUCUAUUUUAAUUCCAGGUUGUAAGGCAACAAAAUAGGACAAAUGCCAAGGGGGGUGAAUACUUUCGUGUGUGUGGAUUUACACUUCAUAGAAGGAAAUCAGUAAAUUUAAAUAAAUAAAUGAGGCCCUCAUCUGUGGAUUUCAUAUGGCUGGGCAGGCCGUGGGUCGGCAUAGGCCCACUCACUAAGGAGCCAGGCCGAUCCAAUCAAAAUGAUGUUUUCCACACAAAAGUGCUUUAUUACAGACAGAAAUAUUCCUCAACACCCCUGGCUCGGAUACACAUACAAUUUUCUAAAACUACAUUGGAUUUGGUUUAUGGUAGAGAAAUUAACAUUAAAUUCUCUGGCCGUACCUCUGUUGGACAUUACUGCAGUCAGCAUGCCAAUUGCACACUCCGUCACCUUGAGACAUCUGUGCCAUUUUGUUGUGUGGCAAAACUGCACAUUUUAGUGGCCUUUUGUUGUCCCCAGCACAAGGUGCACCUGUGUUAUCAUGCUGUUUAAGCCAUUUUGAUUAUCUUGGCAAAGGAGAAACGCUCACUAACAGGGAUGUAAAUGAAUUUGUCUACAGAAUUUGAGCGAAAUAAGAUUUUUGUGCAUAUGGAACAUUUCUGGAAGCUUUUAUUUCAGCUCAUGAAAAAUAGUAACAACACAUUACAUUAAUUUUAUAUUUUUGCUAAGUAUAGAGUUUGUCAAAUCAGAGUGGUCUGGAAUCAGGGAGAAAUGUGUUAGUUUAUAAUUUACAGGUAACAAGGGAUUCCGUCCUGAGAAUGACAACACAUACUUUAUUGCAUACAUUAUACAAUUUGUGGAAUGCUUUGUAUUUACUUAUGAGGGUAACACUUUACAUUAAGUUUUUAUUUUAUACCUGUGUAGUAAUCCAGUAAAUACUACAAUAACAACUAGGGAUACACGAUAUAUCGGUGAACUUAUUGGAAUCGGCCAAUAUUAGCUAAAAAUGUCAAUCGGUAUCAGCCCGAUGUUAAAAGCCGAUGUCAAUGCUACCGUGCAUACCUAUAUAAUGUUGGUGGCGUAAUGACGCCACGUAAAAUUUUGUGCUACACGUGCAACACAAUAUUCUUAACCUAGCCCAGAAUGUCUGCUGUGUGGAUAGAGCAGUCAUUUGAAACAUUAAGAAAAUUUCAGCGAGACCACUCAUAGGUGAAAUCCAUUAAAGUCAAGAUAAUGGAAUUCCUUGCCCUUGACAAUCAACUGUUAUCUGUCGUGGGUAAUGUGCUUGACCAGUCAGCGGAAGCCAACCAGUACACACUACCAAGUGUGCUAUUUUUCAGAUGUUGCCCUACCGGAGUUACACAGUGAUAGCGUCACUGCUAUAAGCUUCACGACAUACAUACUAUGGAACACCGUUUGGGUCUUUGCGUGUCAAAAAAGAUACAGUAGCACUGUCAAAGCUGUACAAAAAAAGUCUGCAAACACCGGCCAGAAACGAUGUGUUUACAAUACUGCGUUGGUAAUAAAGCAUCAUUUGUUUGACCGCAACUUCUUGGGCAGCUAGCUUUAGCUUAGUACAUAGCUAGCACCAAUACAACCAGCCUGAAAACAAUGAGCAGUAGAAACUGCAGUCAUUUUCAUUAUUCUUAGCAAUGAUUUAGGAAUCCUUGUGACUAAGUAUUAGCUAGGUUGCCACUUGUUGUUCUCCUAUUGAAAUUGAACUUCAGUUCAUGAAAAUAAAUAGCUAGCCAGCUACUUAGCCCAAAGCUAAGGUUAUAAACAGCCAGCUAGCUUCAUCUGGCUAGUGAGGCUUGACCGGACUGGUUUAUGUGUUGUGAAGCUAGCCAUAAGGAUUAGGCCCAAUAGUGGAGGUUUUUUUUUUUUUUUUUUUUUUUUUACUAAUGCUACUGGAAAAAUAUAUAUUUUUAUGACCAGCACUGUUGGUGCAAUGUUACCAGCAUUAUAGCAUAUGUAUCGAUGAAUCGUUGUGCCAUAUGAAAUACAAAUGUACCAUUGUUGAAUUUAUUUCACCUUUAUUUAACGAGGUAAGUCCGUUAAGAACAAAUUCUUAUUUACAAUGACAGCCCAAAUGACACUGGGCGAAUUGUGCGUCGCCCUAUGGGACUCCCAAUCACGAGACGGAUGUGAUACAGCCUGGAUUCAAACCAGGGACUGUAGUGAUGCCUCUUGCACUGAGAUGCAGUGCCUUAGACUGCUGCAUCCGUGUGUGUUAACUAUUUAACUGUACUAGAAUGCUUAGAAGGUCGCAAAAAAAAAAACAUUUUAUAUUGGUAUCAGGGUUUUUUUCUCAAGGAAAUUAUCGGCUAUCGAUAUCGGCCAAAAAUGUCAUAUCGGUGCAUCACUAAUACUACAUGGGUAUGUUACCAAUUUGAGCUGGAAUGUAUUGUUAGUAAUAUUACCUCCCCCAUCCAGUUGUGCCCCAUUAAACUGAACUGAGAGAAGAGGUCUUAGUGUGUAUGUCCUCAUCAUAUUUUAACACAGUCCGAGCCCAUGUGAACAUUUUUAAAAACACUGCUGUGGGCCACAUGUUCUCUGGGUUUAGUUCCAUAAGUUUGUGUUCUUUUAAACAUAUAAUUACAUUGAAAUGUAUCCUGCUGCCUCUGUUGUAUUCAUGUCAUGCUCAUCUUCCACCAUUAUAUGUCCUUGGUUGUUGUUGUUGACCCUGUAGUAAUAACUUGAGUGACAUAAUUUACAGUACUGUGUAGUACUAGCCUUUGUCUGUGGGACUGACUGGACUACUAUGUUUCCUGUAUUUCCAGCCCAGUCAUAUUCCCCAUAGCUGACAGGUAUGCCGGACAGACCUCAUAAAAGAUGACUAUUCUUUG